UGCUUAGGGCUCGUUUGAUUGCCCGGAGAGGGUAAGAUAAGCCCUCUUAUCUAGGGCGUGUAUAGUAUUUGAUUGCCCUGAUAAGCUUACCCGAAUACCCGGUGUACAACCACCGACCCGGUUGUAAUUGAGAUACCACCCACGUUUUUGUGUAUAUGGCUAUCGCGGUUUUCACCUCCGAUACGGCCGUAUGCAAUGUUUCCCGAUUGUGAAAAAUUCAAGGGGUAAAAAGGAUGAGGAACUUGUAAUCGGACAGAAUUAAUUCCAUUCAUUCGCGUUCAAUUUUGCAGCGGUGAGCACUUUAUUCCGGUCUGAAAUCGGCGUGCGUUUUGAAUGGGUAACGCCGAGGAUUCCCGAAAGAAUAACCUGACCACCGUGGUGUUCUUGCUAGAAGAGAUUAUACGGAACCAUCAAAUUAACAUGCUUCUCAUAUCUUUGAUGAUCACAUUAAUUUUCCCGCAAAACCGCAAGCGUAAACGGUGGGAUCGGCUAGGUCAGUCUGUGGUUCUAGAUUCUAUCCCGGAUCAUGUGCGUCAACUAGAUAGGCUUGUGCGUGUGACAGACAUAGCUUGUGUGGAUAAUUUGAGAAUGGAUAGGAAUACCUUUGGGCGUCUAUGUCGUAUUCUCCGUGACCGGGUAGGCCUAGUAGACCAGAGACAAGUGACUGUAGAAGAACAAGUGGCUAUGUUCCUGUGUGUGCUUGCUCAUCACAAAAAAUCCCGCAUAGUAGGUCACAAUUUCAUGCGAUCAUCUCAAACCGUCUCCAAAUAUAUCCACACUGUACUCCAUGGAGUUCUCACGCUUCACAAUCUUUUUUUGGUGAAGCCCAUCCCAAUAGAUGAGGGUUGUAUUGAUCGUAGAUGGAAAUGGUUCAAGGGUUGCUUAGGUGCUUUGGAUGGGACUUACAUCAAUGUGCGUGUCCCAAUUGCCGACGUUCCCCGGUACCGUAAUCGAAAAGGUCACAUCACCACCAAUACACUAGCCGUGUGUGACCCCCAGCUCAGAUUCACUUACCUCCUUCCUGGUUGGGAAGGCUCGGCAGCCGAUUCAAGGAUCUUAAGGGAUGCAGUCAGCCGACCUUUAGGUCUGAAAGUACCCAAAGGAUGCUACUAUCUCUGCGAUCAAGCAUACCCAAAUGCCGAAGGUUUCUUGACACCGUACAAAGGUGUCCGCUACCAUCUCAAGGAAUGGGGGGUCGGAAGGCAAGCCCCCCAAACACCGGAAGAGCUUUUCAACCUUAGACACUCCAAGGCGAGGAAUGUCAUCGAAAGAUCAUUCGCGGUGCUGAAGAUGCGUUGGGGAAUCCUAAGGUCAGCAAGCUUUUAUCCCAUAGAUGUUCAAACUGGACUCAUCAUCGCAUGCUUUCUUCUACACAAUUACAUACGAGGUGAAAUGGUAGUUGAUCCCGUCGAGGCUGAGGUGGUUAAUGAGGCUGAUAUUGAUGAUGAGCCUGCCAACGAUCCUUUGUUGUGUGGUGAUAAUAUCAGUAGCGUGGAACCAUCUGCAUUAUGGACCCAAAAAAGGGAUGAUCUUGCAAGGGAAAUGUGGGGAGACAGAAAUAAUGGACAAGUUUGAUUGUCUAUGCUAAGAUCUGUGCUAUUUUUAUGCAAAUGGACCUUAUUCUUUCCAGUGUUGAGUUCGAUUGUGCGAAUUGAAGUUACUUUCUUGGAAUUUUUUUUUAAUUCAUGACUUAUUUUCAUUCAAGCUGUAAUACAUUUUUAUUCCAGAAUGCAGAGCCUUCAAUUUUUUUUA